AUGGCUGACGCAGACAACGCGACUCGCGCUCCUGAGAGCGACGCCCAGCAGAAUAUUGCGGCCAGCGACAACAUCCAAGCUCCAGCUCCAGCUCCAGCUCCAGCUCCAGCAGCUGUAGGCGAGCAUUGUGUAUCAGACAGACCAACUCCUUCCGGUCAGUCAUCCACUGGUGAGAUCAUUAAGCUCAACGAUGUCGACGUCUAUAUCUCGAAACCCACCGACUACCCUCAUGCGCCUGCGCGACUCCUUCUACUAUUGACAGGCGGCACAGGAAUCAGAUCUGUAAACAACCAGAUUCAGGCUGAUAGGUUCGCCUCCGAGGGCUACCUUGUCAUCAUGCCUGACCUCUUUGGAGGUGACACGGCCCCGGGUGCCACAGCUAUUACAGACGACUCUACAUCUAUCCUCGAGCAGUUCAAACUGAAGGCCGUUGAGGUUACAAAAUCAUUCCUUAUCGAUAUGUGGCUCGCCCGAGUCACCGAGGAGAAGGUCAUGCCCGUUUUGCACAAGGUUAUCGAUGCUGCUCGGGAGCAGUACGCCGAUGCGAUCAAGCAAGGUGAUGGCAUCUAUGCAGCUGGAUACUGCGUUGGUGCGCGGUUCAUUCUUCUACUCGCCAAGAAGACAAAGUCUACCGAAGGCGAUGCUGAGAGCGGCAGUGUCAAGAACGGGCCAUACAUCAAGGCUGGUGCUCUGGCUCACGCUGCUUCUGUUGUUCCUGAUGACUUUAAGGACAUCGGUGUCCCCCUUAGCUUAGUAUGCGUCGAGAAUGACCCUCUCUUCCCUGAAGACGUACGUACAGGCGGAGAGGACAGUCUGUCUAACGCCAACGUCGAGCAUGAGGUCCAGGUUUAUCCUGGAGUUCCUCAUGGAUUCGCCGUUGUAGGUGAAUAUCAAGAUUCAUCCAUCAAGGAUGCGCAAGCUACUGCUUACGACCAGAUGCUCAAUUGGCUCGAGGCCCAUUGA